AUGAACAUCAUACCAGAUUAUUCCCGACAUUUUCAGACCAUCAGCACAUUGAACAUGCCCGACGACGGGGCCGUUGCCGCACUUGGUGCACUUCUUGGUUAUGUCGGCGCCGAAGCUGCGACUACUGCGCCAUUUGAGCAUUUACUCUGGCCGCAACGACACCUGGACAAUCUCUCGUGGCAAUCAGCAGCCAUGGCAGCAUUACUGAUGCCCAUGGGAGGCCCAUUACACAAGGCCGCCUUGGAAACGUUCGAUACAUUACACCGCCAUGGUCUUUUCCGUGGUGCCUACCGUGGACAUAUGCUGGGCACCGCAUUUUUCAAGGACGUGGGAUGGACAUACACUAUGCACGAUAUGGGAGUUAAAGGGCCACCAAAGGCAGUUAGAAACUGUAUUUGGACGAGAGCCAUGGGAAUGUUGAGACCGCCUCAAUUGACCGAUGGGAACAGGCUUGUGCCUAUGGGAGAGAAAGCACAAAAAGAGGCGACUCGUCAGGCUUCAAUCAGAGCAUUGAUAUCCUGUUAUCAUCUGACAUUCAGUCAAGCGACAGAUGCUGAUAAGUCAUCCGGUCUACCAUUCGUGCGCGAGCAUGUUGGCAUGGUUGGACCCAAUGUCUAUCUAUCCAUCCUGGCCUCUGAAUCAUCAGCUAUUAUUCUCGCCAUUAUACUACUUGUGGUCUGGAAAACACCAUGGGCCGCUCUAUGGCUCGCGCCUCUCACGCUACGGUUGAUCAGCGUCCUCUUCGCCAUCCACCGCGAACCACUCGAAUCUCCACAACUCACACCAAAGGAUCACACCUGCGACUUUGAGAUACACUGCCCUGAGUCCAACGGGGACUUUAUAGUCCUCACUGGCCCACCUCCUCUCAUACAACAAUUCAUGCGACACUACGGUCAUCCGUGCCGAAGCCGCACAAAGGAGAUCAUCCAGCUGACUACCAUUUUCGCCCUGGGAUGCGUCUUUCCAGUUGGUCUAGUGGCCUCGGCGCUUUUUAUGCCUUUGCAUCUGCAGUACGUUUGGUUCGGGUAUCAAAUAUUCUUAGUCGCUGGACUACAUAUUGCAAGAUACUGUCAGUUUUCAAGACAAUUGUCUAUCGAUGCAGCUAUUGCGGAGGCAUUUGAACAAGGCGACAGGUUUCAAUCCUAUGGAGACAGCUCAUUACUGUUUGGGAAUAAAAAAUUGGGUUCUGGAACACUCAAGGUGGACUUGAAGGUCAAGUCUUAUAAUAAGUAUGCGGAGGGGAAAGAAGCAGUGCAGGAGUUACUUAUGAACGCUGAGAAGGACGUCGAAAAAGCUAUUGUGAAACGAUAG